AUGGCCUCGUUCGCGGCACUCAACGCCGCGAUAGAUGCGACUCCGCUCAUCGACAACCACUGCCACAACCUCUUGAAGCCUGACCAUCGGGAUGACGCGCCUCUGGUCUCAAUCGCAUCCGAGGCCCAGGGCGAAGCAUUGAAGGAUGCCGACACCAGCCUGGCUUACAUUCGUGCCACCAAACACCUAGCGCAGGUCCUGGGCUGUGAGCAGACAUGGCCCGCUGUAGAGUCGGCCAUCAAGGCACAGCGGGCAAAGUCCUCAGAUGCAUGGACGAGGCGCUGUCUGCAGGGUGUUGAGACUCUGCUUCUGGAUGACGGCUUCGGGGCCGUGGGCAAGAUCCAGGACUACUCAUGGCAUGACCAGUUCGUCAGGAGCAAAUGCAAGCGCAUUGUCCGGAUCGAGACGUUUGCUUCCGAUCUCAUCGAGUCCAGACUAGCCGACAGAGGGCUCCCAAGCGCACAGCAAACCUUUGAGGGCUUCCUCCAAGCAUUCGCCACGGGGAUCCGGCAGGCGAUCAAGCAUCCCGAUAUUGUGGGCUUCAAGUCCAUCAUCUGCUACCGUGGCGGUUUGGAUAUCCCGCGAUCGGAAGAUGUGGACAGGGAGGCGGCCGCCGAGGCCUACAAGUCUUGCUGCCGACUGAUUCAAGAGGGGAGAGAUCCCUUCAAACGAAAGGUGUUCCUGCCCAUCAUCCACAUCUUGCUCCAUCACACGGCUUCGGCGCUCCGUGCUAAGGGCACGUCGCACCUGAAGCCGAUCCAGUUCCAUACCGGACUGGGCGACAACGACAUCACCCUGACCAAGUCUUCACCAUCGCACUUGCAAGCCUUCAUUCGUGAAUACCCGGAGGUUCCCAUUGUGCUACUUCACUCUAGCUGGCCGUGGACCAGAGAAGCCGCCUACCUAGCCACCAUGUACCCGAAUGUCUAUGCAGACAUCGGUGAGGUGAUUCCAUUCUUGAGUCGUGAUGGACAGGUCGGCGUCUUCCGGCAGAUGCUGGAAUUAUGCCCAUGGUCAAAGAUGCUGCUGAGCACCGAUGGCCAUGGGCAUCCUGAGAUGUACCUAGUUGCGAACACCCAGAUCCGAUCUGCGCUGAAGACGAUUCUCGGUGGGUAUGUACGUGAUGGCCAGAUUGAUGAAAAGCAGGCGAUACAACUCGUACAGAGCAUCAUGUUUAAGAACUCGAAUAAACUAUACCAGCUCGGAUUAGACGAAAACUUACCCCUUUCAGCCACCAGCGCUUUCUCCAGUGUCACCUUUAAUGGCCCAGACUCGAGCCUGGCAAUAAUAGAAAGGCUGCGGGCUCUCAACUGCACUGCGGCUGGGGUCUACGACGCAUCCCCCGACUGGUCAACCUUGACGCCGGGGCCAACACCGGGGCAUGCCAGCGUAUUCUGCGAGUUCAAGGAGUCGGACGGGUCGGAUUCCGCGCUGUGCCCUCGCACUGUCCUCAGGAAGACGGUCGACAGGGCAGCAGCUGAUGGCUUUACAUUUAUCAUGGGUUUCGAGCUCGAGUUCGUGGUCAUGGAGCGCAACCCCGACCGGACGAGCCCUCAGAAGUUUAUCCCACUACCAAACGACGGACAUGCAUGGGGGAUGGCUCGCGUACUGGCCGACGUUGGACGCGAAGGCAGUUUCAGCAACGCCAUCGACGAUAUCCUGGACACCCUGACCGAGGCCGGCAUCCUCAUCGAGCAGUUCCACCCCGAAAGCGCGCCCGGCCAGUACGAGAUCGUGCUCCCCCCACUGCCGCCCAUGGAAGCCUGUGACAACCUGCUCGCCAUGCGCCAGAUCGUCGAGGCCGUCACAGCCCGGCACGGGUACCGUAUGACGCUGCACCCGAAGCCGUUCGCCAUGGCGCCGGGGUCCGCGUCGCACGUGCACAUGUCCAUCUCGUCGGCGGGGGGCGACGACCCGGCGGUCUACGAGGCCUUCUACGCGGGCAUCCUCAAGCACUACCCGGCGCUGAUCGCCUUCACGUACAGCAACCCGACGAGCUACGAGCGCAUGGUCGACAGCUGCUGGGCCGGCGGCCGCUGGGUCACGUGGGGCACGCAGAACAAGGAGUCGCCGCUGCGCAAGUGCGACGACAGCCACUGGGAGCUCAAGACGCUCGACGGCCUCGCCAACCCCUACCUCGCCAUCGCGGCCGUCCUGGCCGCCGGCGCCCGCGGCGUCGCCGACCGCGAGCCCAUGGUGUGCCGCGACAGCCAGGGCGACCCGGCCAGGAUGAGCGAGGCCGUGCGGAAGGCGCUCGGCAUCACUACUAUGUUCCCCAAGGACCUGAAGGCGGCCAUCGCCGCGCUAGAGAAGGACGAGGAGCUCGCAGCGUGGCUGGGCAAGGAGUGUGUGCAGAGGUACAUCGACAUCAAGAAUGGCGAGAUGGGUAUCUUGGAUCCGAUGACUGCAGAGGAGCGGCGGCAGUGGGUUCUCGAGCGGUACUAA